CAUUCGUUCCGCUUCUGAUAACGUUGUUUAUGUCUUGGCUUGUCAGCUUGAUUGUACGAUCUCUUCUGAACGCAUAUCGUUUCAGCGUUUUGAUCCGUCAAUUGCCUCAAGGACCUCAACCUCUUCCGAUUGUCGGUAACGCCCUGUCCUUUCAAGGGAAAUAUGAUUACAUACUCCGGUUGUUGCAAGUGGACUGGCCUCGGGAUUAUGGCGAAAUCUAUUGCGUCUACAUGGGGCCGAUGUGUUACGUCAGCAUUUCAUCACCAGAGCUGUUGGAGUCUAUUUUGAAAAGUCAAAAGCUGUUGGAUAAGGGGGAAACUUAUAGAUUCUUUUCGCCGUGGUUGGGCGAUGGACUUCUUUUAAGUACAGGUGCUAAAUGGAAAAUGAGAAGACGCUUGUUGACCCCGGCUUUCCAUUUCCAAAUUUUGAAUAGUUUCAUUGACGUUUUUAACAAUGAGAGUCAAAUAUUAUGCGAUUUAUUGGACAAGCGGAUCGGGAAUGGAGAUGAGAUUGCAGAGCUCAACAUUUAUCCUUUCAUAGCUAAUUGCACUCUCGACAUUGUGUGUGAGACUUCAAUGGGAGUCUCGGUGAAGGCGCAAUCACGGUCGUCUGAUUACGUCACAGCCCUUUACAGAAUCAUUCAAAUCUUAAUGGAAAGAUUUGCAAAACCUUGGCUGGCCAUUAAUGUCAUCUUUUAUAUUUCAAAGCAAGGCCGUGAACAUCGUCGUCUGUUGACCACUUUGCAUUCGUUCACAAGAAACGUAAUCAAACAAAGGCGGCAAUCUUUCGAGAAAAACCAGGCUCAAUUCAUCGACGAUGGAGAAAUCAAACCAAAGGGAAACCGUCGAGCUCUUUUAGAUCUGCUGCUAGCGGUUGAAGCCGAUGAAAAUAACGCGGGACUGAGUGACCAAGACAUUCAAGAAGAAAUCGACACCUUCAUGUUUGAGGGGCACGACACGACCACGUCUGCGAUAUGCUGGUUCCUGUACUGCAUGGCCACCAAUCCCGAAUGCCAGGAAAACGUUUGGACUGAACUGCGAGAUGUUUUCGGUGAAUCGGAUCGUCCGUGUUCCCAACAGGAUUUAAGUGAUCUGACCUACUUGGAAUGUUGUAUAAAAGAAGCAAUGCGGAUGUAUUCCCCCGUGCCACAUAUCGAGAGGCACGUUAAGGAGGACUUUAAAAUCGGUGAUUAUCUCAUUCCAUCCGGAUCUGAUAUCAUUUUGCUGUUGUACGGCCUCCAUCACAAUCCGCGGUUGUACCCGAAUCCGUGUAAGUACGAUCCGGAGCGUUUCCUACCGGAUCGAAUAGAAGGCCAUCAUCCUUAUUCUUACAUUCCGUUCAGCGCUGGACCUCGCAACUGCAUUGGCCAACGUUUUGCUUUAAUGGAAAUCAAAAUUGUGGUGUCGACUUUCUUACGUCGUUUUCGAGUAGCGUCGCCUCCGACGGCAGCCGAACCCAUUCCUUCCAUGCAAGGGGUUCUCAAACCAAUCAACGGAAUUACUCUUCAAGUUUAUCGUCGUUGAUUUCAU